AUGCAAGCGAUGGUAAUCACUGUGCACCUCUCUGCUGCACCAUGCACCGUGCAUCGUGUGCUUGUUAUUCUGUUCUACCAGAUAAAAAUGCGAAUGAUUCGGGGAGUUUCGCUGUUACCUUGGUACCCGGCAAGCCGCAACUUCUAUUUUUAUUCUAAACGAGUUUACUAUGGAUUUAUCGCCAUGAAGCGUAGCCUAACAGACUCGGUAUCGACAAUAGAGCAGGUCAGGAGCCACGUCACCAUGCCAAAAGGCUUGCAUCGCCGGGUUUCGGUGCGUGCUUUGCGCUGCCCUUCUCAAUGGCGUUUGUCAAUUGUCCUCUACGGUAACAUCAAUGUAAACGCAUAUACGACAUGUGUUUUGGGAUGCUACGCACACCAUCUUUCUCGUCCAGCAUGUCUUGUUACGCAUUCCGGCGGGAGCAGUGACUUGCUGAAGCUGCAAUAUAGCCAAUACGUUGCGCACCGCGAAUUAUUCGAUGCUUCGAUAUGUUCGUCUCCAGAUGCCCAACGACUUAGAAAGUGA